AUGAGCAUUGUGGUGAGUAAGUCGCCGUCGGAGGUCGUCCGGCCAUCGGAGCCGGUGAAGAUGGACACGCGCAAAAUUAAUCUCUCGUCUUUCGACAAGCCUCUUGUCAUCGCACCGACGGUGGUGCUGCAGGUGUUCGAGCAUCCGAUCCACGACCCCGUGGAGACCAUAAGGAGGGCCCUCUCGCAAGCAUUGGUUCACUACUACCCCAUCGCCGGCCGUUUCGCCGUGGAUGAUGACGACGACGUCCACAUCGACUGCACCGGAGAAGGCGUCACCUUCGUCGCCGCGUCCGCCAACUGCACCAUCCUGGAGCUCAUGCGCGACAUCGAUGACAGGGCUCCUGAUGCCGCGACGACGGUGCUACGGAAGCUCGUCGUCGACUACCCAGCCAUGGGCUUCGGCCGGGGCGACCCUUUUGUGCUGAUGCAGGUCACCGCCUUCUCCUGCGGUGGUUUCGUCGUCGGAGUGACAUGGAACCACGGCGUGGCUGACGGUUUCGGGAUUGCGCAGUUCCUACAAGCCGUCGGCGAGCUUGCCCGUGGACUGCCGACGCCAUUGAUCGUACCGGUCAGGUCGGACAAGGUGACACAGGCCAUAUCUCCUUCCUUUGUCGAAUCCGCUAAGCAAUUUAUGUUCGGCGUCACCGUCCCAUCGAAGCUUGCCCUGCACAACAUCACCAUCUCGUCGAAACUGAUCAACAGCAUCCGGGGUCCAUCGUGUACCGUGUUCGAGGCGGUGGCGGCUGCACUAUGGCGGUGCCGCACCCGCGUGGUCAUGUCAGACCCGGAGGCGCCCACCGUGCUUGCUUUCACGGUGAACUCUCGCAAGUACAUGGGCGUCAAGGCCGGGUACUACGGCAACUGCGCCACCGUGCACGUGGCCACGGCGAAGAGCGGCGAGGUGGCGCACGGCGACAUCAUGGACGUGGUGAGGACGAUAAGGCGUGCCAAGCAGCAGGUGCCUGAGCAAUUACUGAAGGGAGAGAUGCUGCCACGGGCCGUUGGUGCUCCUGGUAAGCAUCCGAUAGAGAGAUACGAGAGCGCACUGUUGGUGACAAGCUGGCGAAACAUUGGCUUGGAGGAUGUCGAUUUUGGCAGCGGGAAGACAAGUAGGGUGAUGACUAUGCAUGAGCCAACCCACAUCCGGCCGAUGUGUCUGGUGUGUCUGCCGUGCAAAGGGGAUGAAGGCGCCAAGGUAUUGUCUGGGUGUGUCACAGUACACCACUCUGACGCAUUCCUCCGAGAAAUAGCCAUGCUAUGAGAUAUACUUCUUCCAUCUAAAUUACUCCCAUUUCCUUUUGUAC